AUGGAUAAAAUACCGUGAGUAUACUGUUUAUUUAUAAUAAUAUGUACAGAGGUAAAAUGAAUGUAGCUAAUAAUUAUUUUUGAUAAUUAUUAUAACAUAUUCAUGAUUAAAAAUUAAUAUUUCAGGAAAUCAUGUGUCUCUACAACAUCUAGAUCCAACGAAAGAAAUAAUAAGUGCUAUACCGUUAACGAGGUCAAUAGAAUAUUAGAAGAAGGAUUACAAUAUUUUAAGCUUCAUCGAGAAAACAACAUAACUGACAAAUUAGCCGAUAAGUAUUACGAAGAUGGAAAUUUGUACUUUAAAAGCUGUCAAUAUAAACUAGCCAUAAUAUGCUUUCGACAAGGCCUGAUGUUGGAUUUUAAAAAUAAUCAGCUACGUGCUGACAUGUGGAACAAUUUGUCUGCUGUUUAUUAUUUGUUAAAAGACUAUAAGUACAUCGAUAAAAUUAUAACCCAAGUCAUAGAUAAACAUAAUUUUUAAUUUCUACAUUUCUCUACUAUUAGAUCGAGUUUGGUAACGGCUGAAGAUGCACUUAAAUUAAUGCCAGGAUAUGAAAAAGCAUUCUUAAGAGGUAUCAACUGUUGCAUUCGAAUGAAAGAUUUUGAUAAAUCAUUACAUUAUUGUGAUAUUUACUUGGGAAAUUUUUCGGAGGCUAAGGUAUGAUAAAUAUUUUAUUGAUAAUUCUAUAUUAUGAGAUAUUUAUGUCAUUUAAUUUUGUAUAAUUAGAAAAUUGAAAUGGAAAAAUGUUUAAUUAUGAACAUAGAAGAGCAAAGAAUGCUAAAAGAAAUAAAUAAUAGAAAAUUGUGUGUAGUCGGCCAAAAAGGUAAUAAAAUUACCUGUAUAAAUUACCUUUAUAAUAUAAAAUAUUAUAAUAUUUUUAAUGAUUUUUUUUUUUUAAAAAAUGUAUCUGUUUAUAAAUUAGUUGGUGAUAAAAUCGGAGACAUAAACAUUUUUAAUACUGAUGACCCUGAUGAAAUCCCACGAGUUCAUUUAACAGAAAAUCAUCGACUCGUAUGGUCAGUUCGUCUUUCUUUUCCGGAGCCUAAUGCAACUAUUGUUGUACCAAAUUUUCACGAAGAUACUACGUUAGUAUAUAUUAAUUUGCAUCUGUACUCUUUUCAAGUGUUUUAUUUAUUAUUUUUUUAUUUUUUUAAAUAUUAUUUUAUAAAUUAUGUAAAUAUAUUUUUUAUUUUUAAGGUUUUAUAAACUGUUAUUAUAUAUAUUUUCUGAAAGAGCACCAUGGGAUGCUGAAGGUAAAUACACCGUAAACACAAUAAAUAUUUAUGGUGAAAUUCCAGUCAACUCUACCACCAGAGUUCUAAAAAAAGUACUCCCAGAAUACACAUUGUCAAAUGUAUUAACAUUGUUCAGGUAAUCAAAUUGUUUCUUAUGUUUUAAAUAUUUCUUGUUCGUGUUCAUCUUUCUCCUCACGAUAAGCAGAAAUUUCUGUUACUCUAUUUGUUUCACACACAAAGUUCCACUCUUUGAAUUUAAAAUGUAUAUAAUUUUAAUUUUAUUGUUUUUAGGUGUCCAAUUAAACGUGGUUUACCAACGUUUAUGAUUGUUAUUUCUGGAGGAAAAUUUGAAAACGAAAAUUUAAAAGAUUAUGUCAAGUAUGUUUUAAUAGUGUUUUAUCAAAAUUUCUAUUGAAUCUAUGACUUAAAAUGUAUUUAAAAAAUACAAUUAUAUUGUAACUUAAUUUUAAAUCAUACAUUUGAUAUGUAUUUAUUACAGUAUAAUAUUGAAACCGGUUUAUAAUACAUAUGUAUAAUUUAAUAUUUUUUCAGGUAAUCAUAUUGCAGUGUGUAUGUGAGCUAAGUUAAAUUUGACGUGACAUCAAUAUUGACAAAUUGAAAAAAAACAUUAAAUAUUAGUAUGAAUGUAUAAGACACACCUGUAAAUUUUUUUUUUUAGUUUAUCAGAAAAUUGUAUUUUUUGUAAAUAUAUUUUCAGAAACACGUUUAAAAUUUAAAGAGUAUUAAAUUAAAUUAUGUAAAUAUUAAAUUUAUAUACAUCUGGGUUACAAAAUGUAUGAAUUGCGUGGUAUUGAUGUUCAAACAUUUUAUUGUUUUGGGGAUUUACAUCUGGUACAUUUAAUGAUAUUGUGAGUUAAGAAAACUCGGUAUUCUGGACUAAUGUAAUUGAUGUUAUCUUUAUUUUAAAAGAUAUUCUUCUUAUUUCAAUUUUUAAUAUAAAAGUGUAUUAUUUUAAUGGUUCUCAAGUUAUAACCAUUAAUUAUAGCUAUUUUUUUUAUAUUGUGGAAAUAAUAAAUGUUCUUAAACAAUAUUACCAAACUUAUCUGAUCGUCUUCUUCAAUUUGAAAAAUAUAAUCAAUCUUAUAAAGUUCCAUUUGUUAUUUAUGUUGAUUUUGAAAGCAUGCUUCUUAAACUUAAUACAUGUCAACUGCGUGAUGCAACUUCUUACAAAAAAAUUUAUCAAAAACCUUUACCUGUUAGCUUUUAUUAUAGUGUUAUAAAUAGUUUAUGAGCAUUUACAAGAAAUGUUUAGUGAUAUAGAUGAAGUUGAAACAGUUUUUUCCAAUGGAGAUAUAAAUUCUGUUGAUGAAUGUAAACCAGAUAGUGUAGUUGUUUUUGAUGAUUGUAUGUUAGAAAACCAAACUGUACUUAAAGAAUAUUUUGAUUAA